UUGAACGGGAUUGGGCCUGGUUUUGAUUACAUUUAUGUUUAGCGAGAACAACCAGAAGAUGGAGAUAGUGUUAGUUAACCAGUAAAUGUGUUAUUUUAGUAUUUGGUUGCUCAUGUUUCAGCAUGUGCGCUGACGUAAUUGAAUCGAGGAGGCUGGGAGGAGUCAAACCCAUGACACCAUGAGUCCUCCUUCUCCAGCCGUGGAUUUGCGGUGUUGUCACAGGAAAUUUGGCUGCAUUCUGCAGCAGAAGCAGGAAAACAAAUCCCAGAUCCCCACCCAGUUAACUUCUACCCCCGGAUAAUGGUAAGGAAGGACGAGCACAAUGAACAGAUACAGUACCCUCAAACAGCUCGGAGAUGGCACUUAUGGAUCGGUCAUCCUCGGACGCAAUCUAGAGUCCGGAGAACUUGUUGCCAUUAAGAAGAUGAAAAGAAAGUUCUACUCAUGGGAAGAAUGCAUGAACCUUCGGGAAGUUAAGUCUUUAAAGAAGCUCAACCACGCAAAUGUAAUCAAGCUGAAAGAGGUCAUCAGAGAAAAUGAUCACUUGUAUUUUAUUUUUGAGUACAUGAAGGAAAAUCUGUACCAGCUAAUGAAAGACAGGACUCGUUUGUUCCCCGAAUCAGCUGUUAGAAAUAUCAUGUUUCAAAUCCUUCAGGGGCUUGCAUUCAUUCAUAAACAUGGGUUUUUCCACAGAGACAUGAAGCCCGAGAAUCUUCUGUGCAUGGGUCCAGAGUUGGUGAAGAUCGCUGACUUUGGCCUCGCCCGGGAGAUAAGAUCUCGACCACCGUACACGGACUAUGUGUCAACCAGAUGGUACCGCGCUCCAGAGGUCCUCCUCCGAUCCAUAUCCUAUAGUUCUCCCAUAGACCAAUGGGCGGUGGGCUGCAUUAUGGCUGAACUUUACACACUCAGGCCUUUAUUUCCCGGCUCCAGCGAGGUGGACACCAUAUUCAAGAUUUGCCAAGUUUUGGGUACACCAAAGAAGAAUGAUUGGUCGGAGGGAUUCCAGCUGGCCAGUGCCAUGUAUUUCCGUUGGCCCCAAUGUGUUCCCAGUAAUCUGAAGACACUGAUUCCUAAUGCCAGUCCAGAAGCCAUUCACCUGAUGACUGACCUUCUCCAAUGGGACCCUAAGAAAAGACCAACUUCUGCACAGGCUCUCAGGUACUCGUACUUCCACGUGGGCCAAGCUCUGGGCACCCCACAGCAGAUCCUGGAGCAGGGCAGACCUCAGCCUCAUCCGAUGCCCCCACAACUGCCCAUAUUACAGCCCCAGCAGACUCCACAGCAGCAACCCUUACAUCUGAGGCCCGUGCCCCCCUCUCAGCCGCCGCCUCACAAUCAACACUGCACCCCCUCCAGGCCUGCGCAGCAGCUGCAGGCCUCCCCUAUUCCAGGCCCCACAGCGCCAUACCAACGCCACGUGGAGCUGAUUCGAGAGCAGCAACCAAAACACCUUCUCAAGCAGGAACCCAGAGAAAAAACACCACAGACUCAUCUACCUUUCAUUCCUGACAAGAGCAAGACGAGGCAAGAAAGCGAUAAUGCGACCCCACUGAGCUAUCAGAUGAAAGCCAAGGGAGGGCGUCGCCGCUGGGGUCACGUCACGGGACACUUGAAAGGGGACGAGUGGGAUGACUACGAAGACGUUAAUUUGACAGCAGCGAGUGUUGUGGGAAAAAACUUCUCCAAAGAGAAGACGAGGCAGCCGGAAGAGCCGCUUCGAAGAUAUAGUGACAUUCUGGACUUCAGUCGACCAAACUGCAAAGAAGAAGCACCUUUAAACCUAAACAAGGCAUCAGGCUACCAGGAAGCAUCAAGGACAGCGUCUGCCAAACAACACUACCUAAGGCAGUCUCGAUAUUUACCAGGUAUUGGCACAAAGAAAAAUGUGGCCAUAAACACAAAUAAAGACAUGUCGGGGAGCCAUCUGUGGGGAAACAAGAGUAUUCCGUUUGGUGGUACACUACCAAGCAGAGGUCUUCACGGCACAAAUACAAACCUAGGAGGAUACAUGCCAACGUUUUACACAAAAGAUGCUGGCUCUGUUAGUCACAGAACUCAGAAGGGUCCUAGUUUGGAAUCAACAGCAUCAAAUUAUGCAACAUGGCGAUCAGGUCGGAACCAGAGGAACGCCUCCACCAACGUGGCCAACAAAAGCCCCCCUUGUCUAUUACCGCGUGCACCAGCACAGACAAUCCACGGGCGAAUAGACUGGUCUGCCAAAUAUGGACACCGCUAGUGGCCUGAAAAACACUCUUUACGUCCCUCCCAAAGAGUAGGCCUAACUAGUAAUUAUAGGAUGUACAUACAUCAUAACACAGCAAUAACGUUUGUUUCACUACAUGUACUGUAUCGUGGAUGUUGCGUAUGUGUGUGUAUGUGCUACAUGCAACCAGCCAAAAAAAAAAAAGAAAACAAUUGCACCUCUGUAAUAUAAUUAUUACUCUCUGGCUGUGGUUACACUUUUUGUAUAGUUUAUGACUGAACCUGCUUCCGAAUAUGUAUAAAAGCAAUGCGUAUGAGGUCACUAUGAGUUGUUUACAACCCAUUUUGUUGCUACUGUACAUUUUUUUGUAUAAAUGUUUUUUGUUUGUUUUUUUACUUUGUGAUGCUGAUAACAUUUGCAUGUUGUUGUUUUUUCUUCAAAUAAAACCAUGGCCAUAAUUCAUAUGUAAAGGUUUUGCACUUAUGUUGCACAGUAGUCAUCCACAAUAUUCAUUCAUUCAAAAUUUAUUAUUUUUAUAAUUUAAAGGGAAAGACUGUUGAUUGAAGUAUUUAGGUAUGCAAAUG